UCAGUUUCGGUUGUUCGAUUCUUCAGAAUGUUCCGCCAGGUUCAAGUGCUCGCGUUGGUUUGCUGUUUCGUGGCAACGGUUGUCCUGUGCCAGGAGGACUACUGCAAUCCGGAUCUUUGCGAUUCUGGAGUGGCCCACAUCGGAUGCAACGCCAAGAAUGAACUGUCCAGCAACUGCAACGAAGCGUCCAAGUAUACCUUCGACGACAAACUGAAAAAGAUUGUCCUGGACGAACACAACAACUACCGGAAUCAGGUGGCUAAGGGAGAACUGAAUUGGUUACCGUCGGCAUCAAACAUGGUUCGAAUGGAUUGGGACGACGAUUUGGCCUACCUGGCGGAGCUGAAUGCCAAUCAGUGCCUAUUUGAACACGACAAGUGUCACAACACGAAGAAAUAUCCGAACUCCGGUCAGAACAUUGCCACGUGGGGAACGUCCGACGACAAAGUUGACAUCGAUUCGGUGCUCAAAACACUGGUUCAGGAAUGGUGGGACGAGCGUCAUUUUGCCGGGCCGAAGUUGAUCAAGAAGCUGUACGACAAGGAGAAGGCUCUCCAUUUCACCAUGUUGGUACGGGCCAACGCAAACCGAGUCGGUUGUGCCGCCAUCAAGUACAAGAGCGGUGAGUUCCUGUGGGUUCAAAUGAUCUGCAACUAUUCCUACACGAACAUGAUCGGUACCGAGGUGUACAAGAAGGGAACCGCCUGCGCCGACUGCAAGAGUGGAUGCGACAGCGAAUUCAACGGACUCUGCAACAAGGACGAGCAGGUUGAUUUGUCAUGGAUUUUGCUGGCCAUGCUUCUGGCAGCACUGAAGCAGGCAUACACCGUGGAUUACUGCGAUCGUAAAAUUUGUCCCGCUAGCAAACCGCACAUUGCCUGUAAAGAUGAUGGUAAACUGAGCUCAAGCUGCCCGGCCGGUGCCAAGAUAAUCGAGAUGAAUUCCGAGAUGAAGGACCUCAUUUUGGACACACACAACAAGUACCGUAGCACGCUGGCCACCGGAGGAGUGACUUGGCUUCCGAAGGCAGCUGCCAUGCCGACGUUGACUUGGGACGAUGAUUUGGCUUAUACCGCCCAGGUUAAUGCUAACCGAUGCGUUCGAGGACAUGACGUGUGCCAUAAUACGGACAAGUACUUAAACUCCGGCCAAAAUCUCAACUACUUUGCCACCAGCGUUGACACGAUCGAUGUCAAGGAACAAGUUCCGAAACUGAUCAGCUCCUGGUGGGAUGAACGUCACGACGUGCACAAGAACAUGGUUAAGACUAUGUACGAUCCUGGCAAGGGGGUCAUGGUAUUCCACUUUGCCGUGCUCGCCGGAGACAAGGUCAACAAGAUCGGUUGUGCCAUCACUCAGUGGAAGGAUCCGGGAAGUUGGAUGCAGAUCUAUCUGGUGUGCAACUACUCAUUCAACGACUUCAUUGGGUUGCCCAUCUACGUCUCUGGGGAGCCCUGUUCCAAGUGUUCAAAGGGAUGCAAUCCCAAGUAUGCCGGACUGUGUAACGAGGACGAACCGGUGCCACAGUUGAUCGACUAUCCGGCCGGUGCCUAGAGUGUGGUAUUAUGAACAAAACAGCAUGUAGUUCUAAGCAUUUUGUUUUCACGUAGCCGUCAGCACUUUGAGUUGGAAGUCCCUGACCUACCCUGUGUUCUGAUAAAUGAUUUGAAUAAACAAAACAAAAAAACCGGUGUUGGGAAAA